AUGUCCGACCACGAAGAUACCUUCAACACUGGCUACAGUACGCCUGUUCCAGAACUCGACGAUCACCGACACCAGUCUCACUCUAAACAAAAGCCGAGAUCUCGCCGUGGUACUGCUGAGACCAUGCAUAGUGUUAAUCCCCAGAGCCCUGACUUGUCCAUGGUCAAUCAUAGCCUCCUUCAGGUCACGGCUCGAGACUUCGAAGAGGCUCUCGUCGACGAGGAAGCUGGAGGUGUUUCUCCUCUCCACGGCCGAGCAGGUGCUCAUGACAGGAGCCGCCGAGGAACCGUAACCACUAUUGAUCCUAGAUCAGAGUCGCCACCGAACUCAGUCAAAGCCUUUGCUGAUGCCCGGCGCCGCGAGCGUGAGCCUUCAACAUGUGAAUCCCAUGCGCCAAGACCUCGCGCAGAGACUCUUGUUAGUGCAGAGCAUGUGCUCCAUCGAACCCAUUCUGCUUCUGGCGGUAGCAUGCGAAGCCAUCGGAGCCUUCGAAGCAGACGCUAUACAAAUGACAAUGACGCUCAGAGUUUCGCAGAGUCCGUCAAGUCUGAAGCCGAAGAAGAUGUCUGUUUUCCUCUGCAUACAACUGGGAAUAAGGAUAGUCUCCAGAUUGAUUUCGAGGAACUGGAGGAGUUCAUUGCCGAGGAAGAGAACCGUGAAAGAACGCCACCCAAAGGUCAGCCUCAAGCCCGUAUUUUCCAUGAUCUUCGAGCUUCCUCAAAAGUUGGUGGUCAUCAAACUGUAAUAAUGGCCAAUGGCGAUAUGGUUGAGGUCCCCUCACUCGAGACUCCGUCCAUGGAUGAGAAACAUGCCGAAAACUCAAGCCUUGCUGAGUCAAUCAAGCAACAGCAAGGUCUCGAUGUCAAUCGCUUUGAGUUCUUCUCUUCCCAGCAAGAGUCCACCAUUCAUGCAGCCGAAUUCGGCGAUCUUAUCCUACCAGGGGAAGAUCUCCGCACUCUGUUCUCGCUCCCUCAGGGAGAAAGAGGAGAGGAAGGUGAGGGUGUCUGGUGGUUGAACAUGAACAACCCUACAGAAGAAGAAAUCCGAGCGAUCUGCAAGGCAUUCGGUGUCCACCCGCUUACUAUUGAGGAUAUUGGCACCCAGGAGGCUCGUGAGAAGAUUGAGCUUUUCUCCUCCUACUACUUCGCGUGUUUCCGAUCUUUCAAUGUGGUAGAAGUCGACGAUGGACAAGAAUAUGAGCCUCACAAUAUCUACGUGGUUGUGUUUCGUGAGGGUACCUUGAGCUUCAGCUUCUCUCAAAAUACUCAUGCUGCUCGUGUUCGGAAGAGGAUCACGGCACUGAAGGAUUAUGUUGCUCUGAGUAGUGACUGGAUUUGCUAUGCGUUGAUUGAUGAUAUUGUUGAUUCUUUCGCACCCAUUAUUCACAUGCUUGAUCACGAGACAGACUCAAUUGAAGAUGCAGUAUUCGUCUCCCGAGACAACGAUAUGUAUACAUUCCUAAGAAAGAUUGGAAUGGUUCGCAAGAACGUCAUGGGUCUUAUGAAGCUUCUCGGUGGCAAAGCAGAUGUUCUCAGGGGCUUCACCAAGCGCUGCAAUGCGAAUUACAAGGUCACUCCUCGCAUGGACAUUGGACUCUAUCUAGGCGAUAUCCAGGAUCACGUCGUUACAAUGAUGACGAGUUUGGGACACUUUGAAAAGAUGCUUUCUCGAUCCCAUAGCAAUUACCUCGCCCAGCUUUCAAUCGACAACCUCACCCAAGGAAACAGAGCCAAUAAAGUUCUCAGUCAGAUCACUCUGAUCGCAUCUGUUCUUGUUCCUCUCAACCUAGUCUGCGGUUUGUUCGGCAUGAACGUUGCUGUUCCAUGGAAGAACUCGGACAGUCUUGGCCCGUUCUUCGGAAUCCUCGGCUUCUUGGCUCUUUUCUCGGCCGUCUCUUUGCUUCUUGCAAGACGUAUGAGAUAUAUCUAG